UAAACUUACCGGAAACACGUGAAGGCAACCAAAACAAAUCGUGAGGGUGGACGGGAUGCUUGUGACUUAUGUAAAAGUGAUUGUUUAAAGUAACAAUUUUAAUGUAUUUGCAGUCCUUAAGGUAUAUAUCAAACGUCAGUAACUCGCCAACUGUCAGUGCAGUAGCGACUGUACUUCAUGAUUACCGCCCGCCCACUACUAGAGGCAUUAUUAGCGCACCUGUUACCACUAAUUUUAAGAGUGCUGCUACUUUUUGUCAAAGUAAACGCCACAUCUAUACGUAUCGGUACAUAAACGUUUCAAGAUUAAGCCGGUUCCAGCAACAGUUUCUACCUUGCGUCUUCAAGAAGAGUUUCUUACAUACUUCUCUUGAAGGAAUGGAACUAAAAAAGGUUGUGAACAUUCUUAACGAAUUUGCAAACACAAGUUUGGCCGAGAGCUGGGACAAUGUGGGGCUCCUUACAGAGCCCUCAGCUCCACACAACGUGAGGACGAUUCUACUCACAAAUGAUCUGACGCCAGCUGUUCUUGAUGAGGCCAUAGAGAAGAAUGCAGACUUGAUUCUGUCUUACCAUCCCCCAAUUUUCUCCCCCAUGAAGAGGCUGACGCAGAAGUCUUGGAAGGAGAAGCUCAUUGUGAAGUGCCUGGAGAAAAGAAUCGCCAUCUACUCACCACAUACAUGCUAUGACGCUCUCAGUGGAGGAGUCAAUGAUUGGCUGAUCAGUGCAUUUGACACGAAGAGCACUAAACCGGUGGAGCAGAGCGAGGCGUGUGGGGAGUUUGGUUGUCAGGUUGACAUUGUCCUGGAAACAGCUGAUGCCACCAAGCUUGUCCAAGCAGUCACAGACAAAUCUAUACCCAGAAGAAUCAUCACAAGUCCCUUAGCAUUACAUGAGAAAACUGAACAGGGUGUGACCCGAGUGAGUGUGUCCUGCAGCAAGAGUGACGUCCCUUGUCUGGUGGACAUUGCCCAGUCUCACCCAGCGGUCAUCAGUAUAGAGAAGCGGCAGAUAGAGAAGGUUCCGCUAGUGGGUUAUGGCAUGGGUCGUGUGGGAAAACUGACUUCACCCCUCAGUCUUGGUGAAGCUGUGGCAAGGGUGAAGACACAUCUGGGACUGGAGCACGUCCGUCUGGCAACUGCAUCUGGCAUGGACAAGGUCUGCUCCGUGGCUGUAUGUGCAGGUUCCGGAUCCAGCGUUCUGCGUGGUGCCAUGGCCGAUCUCUUCGUGACUGGGGAGAUGUCACAUCAUGAUGUUCUCAACGCCGUCAGUAACGGCAUCAGCGUCAUUCUGUGUGAGCACAGCAACACAGAGAGAGGCUAUCUCAAAGAACUGAAGGGCAAAUUUUCAAGCCUAAUGUCAGAUCAAGUACAGAUCUUUGUGUCAGAGACCGACUCAGAUCCACUGAAAACUGUGUAAUAACAAAAUUACAGACCAAAACAUAUUUCAAGGGGGAGUCAUGAUUACUUGUACAGGGCUGUGUGUCAUAUGUUGUAAUAUGUUGUAAUAUGUGUUUCAGUUGUCAAUGUGAUUCCUUGGAAUACUCUGUCAAAUGAAUUUCAUAGCAAUGAAAUAUUCUGAAGAAUACUGCAGUACAUUUCCAAUAUAUUCACCCUGUUGAGAUUCUGUGUUGAAAUAGGUCUCCACAACCUGUAAGGGUUGAAAGAGGUGGCUUAAUAUAUCAAGUGGUCAGGCUUGGUAAUUUCGUUGAGAUGGUGAUAUACCCAGUGCAAUGAUUUGCUUCUCUCAGUAUCAGUCUUUAAAUGGUCCAGCCUGGGUUGUAUAUUCUCUGGCUUCCUUCAUAUAGCGACAAUAUGGCUGACUGCAGUGGUGAACAAUGACAAAAUCAUCUAUUGACUUACAUACUGCACAGUAUGUCUGCCAUACUCAUCAAGGAACAUAUAUUUGCACAAAUUGCUUUCACUGGGUUUUUUAUGCGUUUUGUGAAACAAGUGAUACAUCUACAAUGUUGAAAAACAUCAUAUACCGGUACUACUCCAAUGAAUUUCAACACUGUAGGUGUACAACGAUGUGAUCAGUAAUUGUCCAUGUCAAACAUUAUGUACUACUCAAAUUAAGGUAAGAACACCUAUGAUUGAGAGACUGUCUGUUGCAACAUUCAAAGCCAUAACUGUCAAAUGAAACAAAUGGGUGUUUUCCUUCACUUCCCUUUCAAUCUUUUUGGUCUUACUGACUAUUGACAGUGCAGACAUUUUGAACUGUAAAAAUACUUCAUACACAAUAUCACCCACAAAUAAAAUCUGAUGUUUCUCUCAA